CGGCUUUUAGGUAAAGCGCAAAUUACUAAGGUACCGCUAGCGGCAUAAUAAGAAUUUACAGCUUGCAAAACUUUUUAGAUUUUUCCUAAUAGGCAACAUUGAAAGUGGCGCGAAUUCCGAUCGAUAUUUCGGCGCAAUGUUGUAGCGUAAUUUGACUUAUAAUUUCUUUAUAAUAAAGUUAUCCAGCUUAUUACAAACACUCUAAAUCAAAUGUAAGCAGUAAGAUGCAGAUCAAUAAAUAAUACAUUUAGACAUACAUGGAACAUCAAUCGGAGAUGGGUGCGUAUGGGGAGAACUCCAAUGUUCAGAACAGCGGGAAUUACAUUACAAUAAUUCCCGUGGAAUACUCGAGACGCGGAUAUCCUAUUCAAGCAGAGUAUCAAUAUAACGAGUACAGAUCUCGAGAAGAAUACUACAGCGUACAAAGUCAGAAGCUCCAAGCAGAAGUCAAUGCACACUUGUACUCUGUUUCCCAGCGGUUACCUCACUUGUCCUACAGUCCUCUAGGCCGACACAAUGAGUGGGAUAAACAUGACCCCCACAAACCCCUGCAGCCGGACUCUAAGGAGAGCAACUCCUCGGAUUCCCUCGAUAAAAGUGUUAUGGGCUCUAAUCUCAGCAGUUGUUCCAAUCAAACAGGAUCCAGCAGCAUCGCGGCUGGCUCUUUCAGCACCACUGAACCCAUAACCAGUGGUGGUAGUUCGUCCAGUGCUAUUUCACCACCAUUACCAGGAUCAUCAGGGAGUACGGCAUCUUCCUCCAGCAGUACAUCAAACCCAGUUACCUGCAUAUACCUGAUGUCUCGCACUGCUGUUAUGGUGGAAAUGAGUUCUGAGGAAGUGCCCUCUUGCGUCACAUCCGCUAGGUUCCUCAACGCAGUUAUAUCUACUGAAGAAUUGGGGCUCAGCACUCCGAGUGCCAGGAGUUUGGCUACUAAUGUGUUUGCGCUUUGGAUGUGCAGCCCAUUGUUAGAAAUUCAGCUCAAGCCCCACCAUUGUCCGUGGCGCAUCUGGGCCGGCUGGCAGAAAUUGCUACAGCGAUAUGGGCACGGCUCGGAGUCGCGUCGAGCGCGCGACCAGCCCAUACUGCGACUACAGAGGAAUGUCUUCUUCCCUAAGCAUCUGGAAGAGGGAAUCAAGGACACCCGUAUCCAAGAAUUGUUGUACGAAGAGGCGCGUCACAAUGUGGUAACUGGGAGAUAUCCGUUAGAAAGCGCGCAAGCGGUCAUGCUGGGUGGUCUACAGGCUAGGAUCCAGUUGGGACCUUACGAUCCUCACCGACAUACUGCCAAGUUCUUUAGGGAACAGCAGGACAAAUACCUUCCAAAGCACGCCAGAUCUGGUCGAUGGGCUCGCUUGUUACCAGCGGGAAGGAAGGGCAGUCCUGAAGCCAAGUUGCUGGAGCAGGCACAACGCCCUCCCGCGGCGCCGCCGAGGAAACUACGGCACAAGUAUCUGUCACACACCAGGACUUUACCUACUUAUGGUGCAGCUUUCUUCCAAGGUCAGAUCGAACAGCCAGUGAGGAGCCUGACUAGUCUCCUCACACACGAAGAUAUUCCCGUACUGGUGGCCAUAAAUUCCAACGGCGUUUACGUCAUUGAUGAUACUGAGAGCACUGUUCUCCUCGGCUUACUAUAUGAAGAACUGUCCUGGGAUAUAGGUCUGCCAUCGGACGACAACGAGGAUUGCCUUCCGUGUCUCUUCCUACAGUUCAUGGUGGUGGAAAAUGGACUGAGGGUUUCCAAAAUACUCCAGGUAUUCUCAAAACAAGCGGUCAUGAUGGACACCCUGGUGGAACACUUUGCGGGAGAAUACCGCAAGAGACUCGGCCAAGAGACUCCUAGUGAGCAUGCCAACUUUGACUAUCAUUCAGAUUCAGGCAGUAUAUCUCUCCCGCCACUGUCGCGUCCAGACUCACCGCAGCGUCGCUUAGCCAACAAGCUGUCGCGUCUCGCACUCGCGACGCACGACGGUCGCGGCAACUUGCUCGGCGGAGCUGGCGACUGGAGCAGCGGCCUGCACCAUCGACAACCUUCCUGGAUACUGCCCAAACACUAGUAUAUUGAUGAAUAAAAU